CCCACCCAAAUAUCCGCAGCUCCUCGCUCGCCACGUGUCCUCCCUCACUCCCUCUCCUCUCCUCUCCAUGGCCGCGCCGGCGCCGCCCACUACGGCGAACCCCGCCGCGCGCGCUGCUGUGCCCCUCCCGACCAUGCCGGACAUCAUGGCGGCGUCACGCGCGCAGGGCCUGCGCGUGCGCCUCACCACGCUCGGCCCCUUCUUCCGCGUCACCGCGGCGCGGCGCUGCGGCGGCGGCGGCCGGGAGGGGGAGGGGGAGGAGGAGGAGCUGGGGCGGGCCCAGGGCGUCGUCCGCCCCUGGCCAGGCGGCUCCGUGCUGCACCUCGACUCCAUGCGGAUGUCCCGCGCCACGCUGCGGGUGCCCGACCGGCCCAUCUUCGGGCUCGGCCUCUUCCUCGGCGCCGUCGCCGUGCGCCAUGGCUUCGACGCCGGCUGCAAGCGCGCCGAGCUACUCGCCAUCAACGACACGCCUACCUACCACUCUAAGCUCGUUAGGUUCUAUACGAGGAUGGGUUUCAAAACGGUGCAUGAGGUAGACGGAUCUUCAGUGACCGAUCUUGCUCACAUGUUAGUCUGGGGAGGUAGGGGUACAAGAAUGGAUGCUGACAUUGAACAGCUUCUUAUUAAGUGGAGCAAGAGGUUCACAUCUCAAGAGUCAAGACUAGAAAGAUAGCUUGUUAUUAAGUGGCAGUUUUUGUAGCAUGCUGGUCUGGAUAGGUCAUGUUAUGAGGAGUUGACGCCUCUGAUCUGGUAUUAUAGUAUCUGCUCAAACCUCAUUAGCAUGAUUACUGCUAGGAGUAUAUACUUGUUUAUAUCAUGAUGGUUGCAAUUCUGAACUGAUAAUCACUUCAACAGUCUCAAGACAGAACAUAGUGACGUACCCCGUUUUCUGUAACAAUUGAAGUAGUAUAGGCAGAUUAAAUGAGCUUCGAAACAAGUAAAUGUCGUACCUUGGCUAAAUUCAUACCUGAUAUUCUUGUAUGCUUAAAGACCGGCAUCAUUAUUUUGUGUCA